AUGUCUACUCUCAAAAAUAAAGAGAUAUUAAAAUAAAUUAAGAAUCAAGGAUAUGAUCCAACUAUUUUUAUUUCAAUUUAUGACUUGAGAAGUAAAGCAAAUAUCUAUGAUGAUAUUUUAAUUGAAUCUUUAGAUUUAGAUUAUUUAACUGAUGAUCUUAUUCAAUCUUAUUUACUAGAAUAAAGGAAUAUUAUUUAUGUCAGUGUAGAAGAUGCUUAUUAUUAGAUUAAUUUAAAUCCUAGAUAAAAACCAAAAUUAAUUAAGAAAAAUGUAAGAUUUUAAGUGAUUGGAGACAAUCUCAUUUAACUAGAAUUGAAUGGUUAUCUAAAAUUUAAUCCUGAUGAUAAUGAGGUAAUUUAGAAAUAGGGUAUAUUUACAAGUAAUCGGCCAAAUAAUGAAUUUUUCAUUUCCUAUAAUUAGAAAAUUAACUCAUUUAUCAAAUAUCAUUAAUCUCUUCAAAAUAAAAAUGAAAUAUUUGAAGUUAUACAUUUAAAUAAAUUAUAAUGUACAAAAAGAAUUAUAUUUACUAAUUAUGAAAAAUAUAACUACAAUAGCAUUUAUCAUAAUUAUUCUUUCACAUACAUAUCAAAAAAUAAUACUAUUCUACUAACACGUGAAUCUUCUAUAUGCAAAUCAUUUUUGAUACUUUUAAAUUUAAUAAAUAAUAAAAUGAUUAGAAAAAUACCUAUUUCAUCUAAAAAAUGCAUUCAGAAUUCUUAUCUUUUGAAAAAUUAGACAGUGAUAUGUUUAAAAUAUCAAUAAAAUUAAGUAGAAUUGUAUCAUAUUUCUACAGGAAGACAAAUCCUUCUAUUGGAGUAUUAUGAAAUAUAUCCAAUAAUGUAAGAUGAAUAACUUGCAAUAUCUAUAAAAUAAGAUGAUAUAAAAAUAUUUUAAUUGGCCAAAUGA